UUCAGAUGUAUAACCCAAGUUUUUUUCAUCAUCUGGUAAAAAAAAGUAAAUAUUUUGGGGUAUUUUUUUUGUAGUUAAUGCCACACUGUUAUGAUUGACUUAAAAUAGAUCACCCACCACAACUGGUUACUUCACUUUAUUGAUUUCAUUGCAUUCUUCAGAGCUAUAGGCCUACCUGACUUCUGUAUUAAGUGUCAUAAAAUAACUUUUUUAGUGAAUUGGUGCUACCUGGAAUACCUUCAUCCCUGUUAACCUUUACUGUCAAUAACUCGCAUGCAAGGUAGCGUUAAUAAAAUGUUUACGCGGAAGGGUUCUUGAUCUCGCCGUCUUGCCGUAGCAGUCUCGUUUCCAUGGCGACCAUACCAAACACUCACUCUUCACUCCAGCUGAUUUAACAUUGAGCUAAUUUCACGUUUUAAAGUUUUAAAAUGUGUGACCAGGAGGAGAUUGAUAAAUUCUUCACCGUGUUUGAGGGCUCUUCUCCGGAGGACGUGUCCCACGCCAGGAGUUUCUGGAGCUCGCAGUCGCUCCUGCCGCCGCUGGAGUCCCGCCUCAUGUCCGCAGACAUCCGCCAGAGGCUGCCCGUGUCCCGGCCAAGAGGAGUGAGCAGCACCGCCGGUCCCAAACAGUCGGUCCAGGUCCAGCAGCCGCAGCUGAGCGUCCACGCUCUCCGGCAGAGACAGGAGGAGAGACGGCGGUAUGAAGCCAUGGCGGACCAGAGGAAGGAGAUCCUGGCGCUGCUGAGGAGGCUCAGGGAGCAGAGGAUCCAGAAGGAGAUGAUCUCUGCGGACUUUAAACCGAAGGUCAAGUUGGGCCAAGAGAAGCAGACCAAGUUUGAAAACUCCUCAGACUCUGAAAUGGACAUGGAGUUGGUGCAACAGCUGCAAUAGAGACCCCUAAAAAAUAUGCAUUGAUUGAUGUUUAUAGAGGAGAUGAUAUGUCAUGAUAAAAAAGUCAAGUAAUGAAAAUAAUAGCCAACAUGCAGCUCUUUCUCUAGGCUAUAUGUGAAAGGUUUGAGUCAGAAUGCAGCAAACAGCUUCAGAUGUUUAUAUUUGACUCAUUUACACUUGACUUAAUGUAUUUUUUUUAUUAAGUUUUUAACAUUUCCUUAAAACGACAUCACAAGAAUGAAGCAGCGCUCUUAUUCCAUAUUUAUGAAGGAUUCAAUUCAUGUUGUGAGCUACAGCUGCCCGUAA